AUGGAAGAGCGACCAGUUCACGAUGGUGGCGGUCCAGUAGUCGAUGACGCAUCACCACCGGCGGAGGUGGAGGGACUUGACGCGGCCCGUCCUACCGCAGAGGAGGCGGAACGCGACGAAAGCCACCACGGCACGACCACCGCCCCCAGGUCGCGGCAGUGGUGGCCCCCCGCCUCGCUGGGCGAUGACCACCCCCAGCCGCCCCCGGCCACCGACCCAUCUGACGCCAGCGGCAGCGGCAGCCCCGAAGCGGAAGAUGGCGAAGCCGAGGCGGAGGAAGAAGUCGAAGCUGGCCGCGACGCAGAACAUGCCCGACGAUCGUGGCAGACGAGCCUUCAGGCGGGGCAGGCCGCGGGGGUCGGGGCCGAGGCCGCGGCACGGGUGGUGGCCGAGGCGGUGGCCGUGGCGGUGGCGGUGGUCGAGGUGGUCGAGGUGGUCGUGGCCGAGGCGGUGGUCGAGGUGGUGGUCGAGGCCGUGGGUGGCGGGGCGUGGUGGAUUCGAGGCGAGGGCUUCCCCGCGCCGCAGCCCAAGCGCCGGCCCAUCACCGGCUGGCCCGCCUGGGACUCCCUCGUUCAGAAGUUGUACGUGCUGGACUGGGAGGACAGCGACGAGUGGUUCGUGCCGCCGAAGGGACCCGGCGACACCGAGCUGGAGCGCGAGGCCAAGCUGGAGCGGGUCAAGGAGCGCCGGAAGCACCUCAAGUCCCUCGUGCGCUACAACCUCGUCCAGGGCCACGUCGCCCGCGCCAUCCCCGCCAAGAGCAGAGGGUACCAGUUCCCGUGUCGGGUGAGGAAGCCGAAGGACGACGCGGGCCUGGACUACAUGGGGCAGCUGCCGUCGGAGGUGGUCUACUUCAUCUUCUCCUUCCUCGACCCCGUGAUCGACCUGCCCCGGGCCUCUGCCGUGUGCCACCUCUGGAACGCCAUCGCCAGCGAUCCCGUCUUCUGGAUCCAACCCUUGCGCAGACGCGACAUCAUGGGCAACACGGUGCUGCACUUGGCGGCGUCGAGUAUCGACGAGGAGGUGGCGCUGCGGACGUGUGCCUACUUCAUCCAGCGCGGCGCGGUGGUUGAUGUCAGCAACCGGCGCGGCGACACGCCCCUCAUCAUCGCCACCACGCUGGGCCACCAGGCCCUCCAGCUCUUCCUCUCGCGGCACUCCGAGCGGUACCGGAUGGAGGUCAGGGUGGGGUGGGGCCACUACAACUUCGAGAUGGACGAGCUCAUGUCGAUCGACGCCUACCAGCGGGUCGUAGAGUUCCUCGGUGCCCACAUGCAGCGACUCUACCCCUGCCCCGCGCCGAGGGUGGUGGAUGGCAGAAGCGAACCGGGCAGCGGCUUCUGGAUGCACAAGCACCUGCCGCGGCACGCCUUCAAGUUCCUGCGCCACACACGCGAGGAGUUCCGCGACCGGCCGCUCGACCGCUGGGAGGUGGGCCUCGUCCGCCGGCGUCACCUCAAGACCGCGGCCACCACCACCGCCGUCGCCGCGCCAGUGUCGGCCGGUCAGGCCGACGAGUCGGACGCGGGCCGACCUCCGGCGGCCGUGGUGCGGUACUCGGCGCUCGACACUCAGCACUGGCUCGAGGUGAAGCAGAAGAGGCAACGAGAGCGGGACCAGCGGCUCGCGGCAGCGCUCCAACGCCUCGGCGGCGGUCGAGCCAAGAAGGCGCCGCCGCCUCGGAUUGACCACCGGGGCACCUUCCCGCCCCUCCCCCUGCAGCGAGGGCGUGGACGCGGAGGGCGCGGAGGCCCGCCUCCAGCAGCCGCACGUCGCCGUGGGCGAGCACCGGCGGGGCGGCUGACCCGCGAGGCGGCGGAAGAGGUGGCGGCCGAGGCGAGCGAGGAAGAGGAGGUGGACGAGGCGGACGAGGAGGAAGAGGAGGAGAGGACGGUAGAGGAAGAGGUAGAGGAGGAGGAGGGAGAGGACAAGGGAAAGGAGAAGCUCGACGAGUAA